AGCGUCUGUUGUCAUGACAACGUGUUGCCUUACUCACAAACAGUGCUGCACGGGGAAACAGCAUUGUUGCUUUUAGUGAUUUUAUUUUGCGAAUUACAGCAACAUAAAUCAUGCCUCCUAAAAAAAAGAAAGCCCCAAAGGCUGCGAAGGAAAAGAGCAGAAAAGUGGUAGAUGCACUUCCCACUGAGGAGAUGUCCAAGGAGCAGCUGGAAGAACACAUUGCGCGCCUGCGUGAGGAACUGGACCGGGAGCGCGAAGAGCGCAAUUACUUCCAGCUGGAGCGAGAUAAGAUACACACCUUUUGGGAGAUCUCCAAAAAACAACUAGAAGAGAAGAAAGCUGACUUGAGGAACAGAGACCGAGAGAUGGAAGAAGCUGAAGAGAACCAUCAAACUGAAAUCAGGGUGUACAAGCAGAAGGUCAAACACUUGCUGUAUGAACAGCAAAACAGCAUCACUGAACUUAAGUCAGAGGGAGUGGUUGCCAUUAAACUCCUGGAGAAGGAGCAGGCAGACCAGGAGAACGAGCUGCGGAAAGGAUUGCGCAGCCUGAAAAUUGAUCUGAGGGAAAAAGAGCUCUCCAAUGAGAACCACAUCAAAAACUUGAAACUGAGCCACGAUGAGCAAAUCACCAAGCUGAGAAGUGAAUUUGAGGAAAGAUUACGAGAAAUCGAGGCUGCGUAUGAGAAGAAAAUGCAAACACAGCGACAGGAACAAGACCUGAGGCGCAAGACCGAAAUCCAUGAGCUCGAGCAAAGGAAAAGCAUCCACGUUAACACAAUGAUCAAGAACCACGAGAAAGCGUUCAGUGAUAUCAAGAACUAUUACAGUGAUGUCACUCUCGGGAACAUGAACCAAAUCAACAUGCUGAAGGAUCAACUGGCUGACAUGAAGAAGAGGGAGGAGAGGUUGGAGAACGAGAUGGCCACAGUGGUGCACCAGAACAAGCUUUUGAAGGAGCCGCUACAGAAAGCCAGUCAGGAAGUGUCUGAGCUGCAGAAACAGCUCACCAACUAUAAGAAGGACAAAAACUUACUGGCGGGGUUGAAAGCACGUCUCAAAGUAGUAGAACAAGAGCAGAAAGACCUGAAAUGGGAGCAUGAAGUCUUGGAGCAGAGAUUCAGUAAGGUGCAGCAGGAGCGUGAUGAACUAUACCAGAAGUUCACCAAGGCUGUUCUGGAGGUCCAGCAGAGAAGCGGAUUUAAGAACUUGCUUCUGGAGAGGAAACUGGACGCUCUUACAGAAGUCCUGGAGAAGAAAGAGGCACAGCUUAACGAGGUCCUUGCUGCUUCUAAUUUAGAGCCCAGUGCUCUGAAUGUGCUGACUCGCAAACUGGAGGACGUUUUGGACUCGAAAAAUGUUGCCAUUAAAGAUCUUCAGUAUGAACUGGCUCGUAUGUGUAAGGCGCAUAACGACCUGCUGAGGACAUACAAGGUGAAACUGCAGGCUUUUGGCAUCCCAGUAGAGGAACUUGGGUUUAAACCACUGGAAAGCAACUUGAUGAAACAGAGCCUUGGUCAAGGACCAGCCGGCCUGGUGUCUUCCCCUCUCUAACCUCACUUCUUCAACAUGGACCUUCCCUUCAUCAUAUACAGCCCUGAAACUCUGAACCCGAACCUGGAACUAAUAUUCUUCCUCCGGCAGAAAAUUACUGCUAACUCUCAGUCACUUCCUUUAUUAUAUAAGAACAUUUUAAACAGUUUCAGUAAAACGUUUGGAGGACGAGA